AUGCAGCACGAGCUCCAGCAACAGCACUACGGCCCGGCCGCCGCCGCCUACCUCAAUGGCAGGAUCAAGUCAGAGAACGGCUCUGAGCGCGGCGUGUCGCCGCACCCCUCCGAACACUCGUCCAGAUACUCGUCGCAGGCCCCCCAGCCGCUACAGUCAUAUCCGCCGCCAAUGCAGCCAAAUAUGAACGGGAUGCGCUAUCCCUCGCCCUCCCAGAUCUCGGCUCCGAUGCCGCUCCUCAACAACAACAACUACAUGCCAAACCCGCCCGACCAUACUUACCAACAGCAGCCACAGCAAGACCAACAGAAUCAGCAGCCUGGCGGUCGGCCCGCAUCGGACACGGGCCCACCCAAGGCUUUUGCAUGUUCCACGUGCGGCAAAGGCUUUGCGAGGCGUAGUGACCUGGCGCGUCACGAACGCAUCCAUAGUGGUGUCCGCCCUCACGUCUGCGACUUCCCCAACUGUGGCAAGCAGUUCAUCCAGCGUUCGGCUCUGACAGUGCAUCAACGUGUCCACACUGGCGAGAAGCCGCAUAUGUGCGAGCGUUGUGGCAAACCAUUCAGCGACUCCAGCUCCCUGGCCCGCCAUCGCCGCAUACACUCGGGAAAGCGCCCGUACAAGUGCCCCUACUCCAACUGCCAGAAGACCUUCACUCGUCGCACAACCCUCACGCGCCACCAAAACCACCACACUGGGACCGUUGAGGAAGCUGCUGCUGAGACAGCCGCGGCUCUGGCGUCGCGCGCCUCGGCUCCAAGCAGGUCAACUCGGUCAGAUGCGGAUGAGUUCUCCGAGACGGCGUCUCCAUUGGGAACACCUUCUCCUCAUGAACGUCCGCUUUCGCUCUCGCCUGCUGCGGGCAUGCCUGCGGGUGUCGUCCCCGCUAUGCAUCGCCAGGCUUCCGACUACGCCUAUAUGGGCAACAUGAAUGUUCCCCCUCAUCUGCGCAACGAGAUCCAGCAGCCCAGCCCCCGAUCUUCUCCGUCAUUGACUUCCCAGUCGUACACGUCUUCCGUGAGCAACCAGCGUCCAUCGCUCACUUCUCACCCCAGCGGGUAUGGUCCACCACCCAUUCUUGAGCCUCCAGCAUCAGCCAAUCACGGUCAGUCAGGUAGUGUGAAUGGUAGUCCUCACAUGGGCAACAUGGGCUGGCAGUCCCCAUCGCAGCAACCGAUUCCUUCCCCAGGCGCUGGCGAGAACUACGUCUACCCUGAGCCUCACCAAUACAACUCGGCGGCCAACAUGUACUAUCCGCCAAACUCGAACAUCCGUCGUCCAAACAGCACUGAACCCGAUCAAUACGACCCGCGCCAACAGCGGAUGGCGGAUGGCAUGUGGGCCCCUCCAGUGCAGUAA